AUGUGUUCCUUCUUGGCGGCAAAUCAGCUCAUUGCCAACCUGACGUUUGUCAACUUCUUCUUGCGCCCUCGCGGGCCAGAUGCGACGAACCAUGUGAGGCUCCAGGGGUUCGACUUCGUGCACAACUUGUUACACAUGACAGGAGAAAGAAAAACACAGCCCUUCUUCUCUGCAGACGGCCGCAUUGUGGUGCUCUUCAACGGGGAGAUCUACAACUGGCGCCAGCUGAGCCAGGCGGCCGUGGAGCAAGGCGAACAACCGUUUGUUUCUGAUGGUGAAGCCAUCCUUCCGGCUUAUGCCUUGCUCGGAGCCUCCUUUCCCCUUGUUUUGGAAGGCGAGUUUGCCAUCGCCAUCUUCGACUUUACGAAGGACCAGGCGAUUUUCGCCAGCGAUGCCUUCGGCACGAAACCCCUCUGGUACGCCUUGGUCCGACACAGGCAGAGGAUCGCAGUUGCCUCCUACAAGAGCGGACUGCGCCGACUUGGCUUCAACAAGCGUAACAUUCACAUGGUCGGUCCGAAUAGGGUUCUGACUGUGUGCCUGACGACUUUCCGUAUCCUCAGAGAAACUUCAGUCUUCGAGUUUGAUCUGCGACAGUUCAAGACCUCAACGAGCGACUUUUUCUCGGCCUUUAACCGGGCUGUGAAGAUUCGUACCGAGGACUUGAUAUCGACAGGUCGCCCUUUGUUUAUAGGCCUUUCGUCGGGCUUUGAUUCUGGAGCUAUUCAUGCAUCGCUACACCACCAGUCUGUGAAGCACCACGCAUUUGCAUUGCUUGGUGAGGAGGUCCCCGCAGUGCUUCAUGAUCGUGCCAUGUUUGCUCAGACUACAUCCGAGGUGUCCAUCGUCAUGAUGAACGAGCAGGAUUUUGAGCUCGAGCACGACUGGCUGUCGCAAAGAGCCGAGCCCUUCUGGUACUUGGGGGCCAAUGCCACCGGCCAGACCAAUGUCUUGAAUGACUUUGCAUCCACAGGGCUCAGCUACAUAGUGAGACUGAGUCGGGACAGAGGAGCGCUCUGCUACCUGUCCGGAUCCGGAGCUGACGAAAUCUUAAGCGAUUAUGGUUUUGCUGGAGACAAGUGGUGUCCGCAGUCUUCGUUUGGUGGACUGUUUCCGGACAACUUGACGACAAUCUUCCCCUGGGCAGGGUUCUUCUUGUCUACACAGCGGGACUAUCUCCACAAAGAAGAACAUGUCGCCGCGGUCUCAAGGCUGGAGCUCACGGAGUGGAAGCGAGGUAUCCAUUCCUGGACCCUAAAGUGGUGCAGGAGUUUCUCUGGCUGGCACCCGAAGUAA